AUGGACGGUGACGCAUGUGUUGAAGAUAAGAGUGGAGGUGAUGUUGUUGUGGACCAAGUGAAAAAAGAACCAGCAGCCUCAGCUCCACAUAGAUACACCAAGGAGGAGCUUCUUGACAUAAAAGAGCUACCAAUCUCCAAUGAAAGACCAGAGUGUCUCUCAGAGAAAUAUGACAGUGAUGGCGUCUGGGAUCCAGAGAAAUGGCAUGCAUCACUGUACCCCACCUCAGGGCGCAAUUCUCCUAUGGAAGGAGUUCCACUGAAAAGAAGAAUCCCAGAUCCUCGUGAGAGGUUAAAGGAGGAUGACUUGGAUGUCGUACUGAGUCCACAGCGUCGCAGUUUUGGAGGUGGAUGCCAAGGCAAUGCUGCACCUGCGCUCCACUCCUCCCGUCCAAUCAGCCCUCUAGAAAAUAAGGAGAAUGAAACUCUUCGUUUAUGCGGGACACGCAGAAUUGGAAGUGGUCGUAUAAUUGCUGCACGAGCCUUUGAAAGAGAAGUCCGCCUCGAGAAGGAAAGGGAAAGGGACAUCAGAGACUUCAAAGACAAAAGAGUCAGGAGAGACUUUGGGGAUAAACGUAUAUUUAGUGAACGGCGAAGGAAUGACUCUUAUGCUGAAGAGGAGCCAGAGUGGUUCUCUGGAGGUCCUACGAGCCAGUCGGAGACAAUUGAGCUCAUUGGCUUUGAUGACAAAAUAUUGGAAGAUGAUAGACGCAAGUCCAGGCGCUCAAGGAGGAAGCCAGAGUCUGUAAAAGAAGAAUGUAAUGGACAGCCAGAGGAGACAAACGUGAAUCUGCGCUCUUCAACGGAUCAGGAGGUUCCCCACCCUGAUGUGCUGCCAGAGCAGUCCACUGGUGACUUUGACUUCAAUGAAUUUUUCAAUCUGGAGAAGACCAUGCCAGGCCUGGCGUCUAUGAUUGAGGACGUUUUAGGGGAAGGGCCUGUAACAGCAAGCCGCUUCAGUCAAUGGUUCUCCAGCAACUUGAGCCCUUCAGGGAGCCGCUCCAGUAGUAUGAGGUCCACUCCGCACGAGGAACUGGAAAAACUAGCAGGGUUUGAAGCCCAUGGCACAACAUCUGGCCAAGGUGCUGCCCCAUUCUUCACACCCAUUCAGCCAUCGGAGUGUAAGGAGAAAGUGGACAUACUGGAACUGUUGCAAAAGGCCAAUGUCGACCUGAAGCCUCUUCUUUCUACUCUCUCCCUCAACAAGGCUCGCCUACGGGAAAACAAUAAUUCUGGAGCAGUGUUGUCCCUGGAGGAAGUGGAGGGAGGAAUGAAGGGCAUGAAACUGAACGCAGAACCGCAAGUGCAAAAGACAGUACCACCGCAGAGAGGAAAUGGGACGCCCUUCAUGGCUGAACACUUAGAAGAAGCUUUAACUGGUGGUCCCAGUGCUCGACCACGCUCCCGUGACACAGACAUGUCAGCUUUUAAUAAACUGGUCAGCACCAUGAAAGCGAGCGGAACUCUGCCAACUCAACCCAAAACUAACAAUUCAAGCAAUCGACCUUCAGACCAAUCUAUAGUGCCACUGACAGAAGUUCCAAUGCCUCUUCAGCAACCGAAAAACAUAUUCCAGGAGCUCUUGGGAGGGCCAGCUCGUAGUCGCUCCCCAGUGCUACUUGGCAACCUUUUGGGAAACUCUGAGGUCUCUGUUGCUCCCAACUCACUACAUGGCCUACAUAAGGGUCCCUCACCCCCCCUCUUCCCUCAGAGGGCAAUCUCACCUGACUACUUCAACAGUCACUUGCAACAUUCAGCAGGCUUUCCAGUUGUUGCCCAACCCAUGAUGCCUGAACAAUAUGCUGAUAUACACCGGUCUAUGAGCCCUGCAGCUGCAGCCCAACAUCAGAUGAGGACACUCGCAAAACCAGUAAAUCAUGCAGAUCUAGAAGCCCUGGCAUUUCAACAGGACCUUGCACUACAUGCCCAUCAGCAAUUCCAGUCUGGUUACAACAGGCUGCCGCAAGACAAAUCUUUUCGUAAUCGUCCACAGCGUGUUAACCGUUCUCCAGGCCCCCAGCCUGCUGGAAGAAACUCACCAGGCAGUGCCGUCACCAGCAUGUUGUCACCCUCAUUUACACCUACAUCGGUUAUCCGCAAAAUGUAUGCAACAAAAGAGAAAAGCAAAGAUGAUCCAUCAAGUCGACCAGAGACCAAAGAGGAGGGGGUAUUGCAUUCUCAAGAUGAGAGCAACUCUUCUAGUUUACACCUGGAAGCAGUGGAAGGGAAUGGCACCCAGUCUGGCAGCAUCAAGACUAGCUCUCAGACCUUACUAAGCAAGGACCAGGAGCGACUCAGGCCACAUUCUACUGGACAGCAUACACCUACCACAGCGCCAACCUCAACCUUCCCCCGUUCCAUCUAUCCAGUACCACUUAUGUCCCACGUACCAAUGGUGCGCCCUCCUCCUCACCUCCAUCCUAACGUGGUUCAAAGAAUGCUGACACAGGGAAUCCAGCCCCAGCAGCUUGGACCAGCGCUGGUCCAAGCAGGCAUAUAUCCACCACACGUUGACCUUGCGCAACUUCAAGGCUUGCCCCCUGCAAUACUGGGCCAAACCUUGUACCCUCUCAACGCAACGGGAGGCCAUCCGCUUCUACCUCCAAGGGCAAACAGUCACAUGCAGCUUGCAGUGAUGCAGCAGCAACUUCAGCAGCAGAGACAAAUACAUCCAGGCCCCCAGUCUCAAAACCAAGGGCCUCAUCGUUCAAAUGGCCCACAGCGACACGACAGAAGUCCCCCUCCAGGCCUGGCCAAGUGGUUUGGAGCUGACGUCCUGGAUCAACAACUCCCCUCUAUGCCAGCCAAGGUCAUAAGCGUAGACGAGUUGGAGUUCCGGCCAUAA